AUGCCCCAUCUUCCAAAGACCUUGUUUGCCGGUACGUGUCAGCAGAAUUCCUUCAACGCCCAUCAAUUAGAGACUGAUAGCCAUAUGCAUCUAGGACAGAACCCGCUGAUACAGUACGAUUUGCCCGCGUGCAGCUACGUUGUGCAUCGCUCACUAAUCUCUGCAUGUCUUCAGAUUCGAUGGCCUGAUCACAACGCACUUCUUGGAGCCAGAGCCGGGCACUUCUUUCCAGAUCAAGCAAACCUAUCGCGCUCUUCCAACUGGUCAAGGCAGCAGCGAAGCUGCCCAUGCGUACCGGGGUCCACCGCCUCAUUUUCAUGCGCAUCAAACGGAACGAUUUCGCGUGCUGAAAGGUGCUGUCGGGAUCGAAAUUAAUGAAGAGAUCUUCGUUCUGCGGCCCCAAGACGGCGUAGCUGUCUGUCCAUCUGGGCAGAUUCACCGAUUUUUUGUCGAUGUGGACCGAUCUCAUGUACCGGAGAAGUCUGACGCCGAAGACGAUGGCGAGACUGUCUUGAUGGUCAAUGCUACAGACAGCGGCAUGGAUUUUGUCCUCGAUCGUAUCUUCUUGGAGAACUGGUACGGCAUCCGAGUCGACAGUUUCAAACAUGGCAACAGCAUCGACUUUAUUCAGCAGUGUGCAGUAUGUUCCCAACCCCAUCAAAGACAUACAGGUUGCCCCAGUUGACCUCAUAAUGUAGACUUUCGAUGGAGGGGACCACUAUCUUCCAUGGCCAGCAACUCUGCCUUCCUGGGUAUCGAAGAGUUGGUCGGUCAGGAUACGCACCUUCCUCGGCUAUUGGCUGACUGUGGUAGUCGGUCGGUAUAUUGGCGGGUUGCUUGGAUACACACCCUUCUACCGCGAGUACACGACAGAUUGGAGAUUUGCGCAAGCAAAGAUGACUGGAACAUGGUUCUAUAGAAGGAACUUGCAGUUUGCCUACAAAGCUGCGGCUUCCUGGACCGACCUUGAGCAAAUGAAAUCAUGGACGGAUGAAAAGGCUGCAGCUGCAAUGUGUGGGACAGCAUCAAAAGUAUCUUAGCCUCUCGCUUGAGGCUCUACGCAUGAGGGACACAUGCUACGUGUCCCGAUCCACUGCCAACAUUAGACAUAUGCCGAAUCAAGAUAGCAGCGGCAGUACCACGGCACGUGGCACCAUUCUUCUGUACUGUCGAUACAGGAUACGCUGGUUGUUGGUCGUUGCAGGGUACGCUGGUUGUUGGUGCAUUUCCCGUUUUCCCUGCAGAAUCAAGCCCUUUUCACGUGGAUUUCUGAUUAAGCUUUCCGAUCUCUGUCCCGGACGUGUAUCCUCUAUCGGUCACGCUGUCCAACGGGACGAGGUAUGGCCCGCUUCUCGGGGAAGGAUGAACCAUAUUGACAAGCUUUCACGCGCUGCAUGGGCAUGCUGGUUGAGUGAGCUUGACCAGAAAACACAGCGUACUUCAAAAUGCAGUUUGUGCAGACCGAGGCGAAUGUUCGUACUCUGGCUACCAUUACGCCAGGAGAUAGUAAGGACGACAUGAUACACCUGAUUGUCAUUGGUGCCGGAGUAGCUGGUUUAUCAGCUGCUAUUAGUACCAGGCUUGGAGGCCAUGCAGUCACUGUUCUGGAAAGGUCAGCAAAGCUCGAAGAGAUCGGUGCCGGACUCCAAAUCACACCAAAUGCUACUCGCAUCUUUCGGCAUUGGCAGAUUCUGGAAAGCGUCGACAAGCUCGCUACGAAACCCACAGCUCUGUCGGUACGACGAUACGAUGGCACACAAUUACUGGCCCAUGAGAGUGAUUUACAAAGCAAAGUCUAUCGUCAAUAUGGCAAUCCAUUCCUUGACAUUCGUCGGUCAGAUCUCCAAGCUGUGAUGCUGGCUAGAGCGCAAGAACUAGGAGUAAUUAUCAGGAUGUCCCAGCAUGUGCGCAAUAUCAACUUGGAACUCGCAGAGGUUGAACUGGAUUCUGGAGAGCGUAUCCGAGGCGAUGUGGUGCUUGGCGCAGACGGGCUGUGGUCUCAAUGUCGAGGCAUCUUCUUAGGUCAAGAUGACCAGCCGCAACCCACAGGAGACCUCGCAUACAGGAUCCAACUCAACGUUGACCACCUUGCGGAUCCCACCUUGCGAGCGCUUGUCUCUCAACCCACCGUUAACUUUUGGAUUGGACCUGGGGCACACGUAGUAGGAUACUCAGUCCGGAACGCCACAGAGUACAAUUUGGUGCUGCUGGUUCCCGAUGAUCUAGGCGACAACGUGCGUAAAGCCGAGGGCAACAUCGGUGAAAUGCGAGCACUUUUCCAAGAUUGGGAUCCUCUGCUGCGGAGCUUUCUGGACCAUGUCGACACGGUUGAGAAAUGGAGACUCUUCUAUCGAAAGCCACUGCAUAGCUGGAGGAGUGCUAUGGGAACCUUCAUUCUUGCUGGCGACUCGUGCCACCCCAUGCUUCCUUACCUUGCGCAAGGUGCCAACAGCGCGAUAGAGGAUGGAGCUGUCCUUGGACGACUCCUGGGACACAUCCAGCACAAGAGCCUCUUGCCAGAUGUAACACAACUCUACGAGAAAUUGAGGAAGCGGCGCAGCGAGACCAUUGUUCGAGAAACUUUUGCUCAGGUCAGUCGAGAAGAAUCGCUAUGACCGGACUGCUGCUGAGUUCGACUUUUUCUACAGCGUGGAGAUUUCCACAUGGACGAUGGCUCCGAUCAACGCACGAGAGAUGCAAUUUUUCUAGAUUGCCUAGACAAAGGACCCACAGCUCCCUUUCCAAGCCGGUGGUAAGUGAAGGGAGCGUCCAUGACUCUGAAAUGCUCCUGACAUGCAUGCCACCUAGGACUUGCCCCAAAGUGCAGCCGUGGCUGUGGGGCUACGAUGCCAUCAAAGAUACAGAUCAGGAACUGGCAGCAUAUACUUCUGGAGCUCCGCUGAGCAACCAGUCCAAGAGAAUUGCUGUAGUCAGCUGCAGUACUCGUGCGGAGCGACUUAGCCCUUACAUCGCAGAGUACAUUCAGCAAAUUAUGGUCUCCCAAACGAGUUCUGAUCUGGCAGUGCUGGAUCUAGUUGAUCUUGCCAAGCAAAACCUGCCAUUGUACGACGAGCCUGCGGAACCACGGAGUCUCCCAACUACAGCCACAGAGGAAUACUACAGCCAUGAACACACCAAAGAAUGGUCAGUCCGAAUACAGAGCUUUGAUGCUUUCAUAUUUGUCACUCCUCAGUACAACUGGAGUAUUCCUGCAGCACUGAAGAAUGCGCUCGAUUUCUUAUACUGGGAAUGGACUGGCAAAAUCGCUGCUAUCGUUAGUUUCGGCUCUAAAGGAGGUGGCAAAGCUGCAGAGCAUCUACACCAAAUCUUGACCGGACUUUGCAUGCAAGUAGUCAACACCAAAGUCGGCCUCAUCACUGCAAAAGGUCUACUCGAGGAUACCCAAAAGUGGCAAGGGAUUUCUCCAUCGUCGACUGCAGCCUGGCAACAGCAUGGCGUCCCAGAGCACGUUGGGAAGAUGUACAGCGAGGUGUUAGAACGGCUUUCUAGCUCGAAAUCAGCCACAUACAAAUCGUAGACAAUAUCCUCAGCAGGGUCGCGAGCGACAUCUUAGCCAGACCGGGUACAUGUUCAAGUCAUUCCGUAUCAAGUCACUGCAAACUCUGGCCGAGUCGUACAAUCAUAUGGCAUCCACGUCUGGUCAGGGGUUCUCAUAUCGGGCACCGAAGGACAACGCUCCGACACUGUCUUCAUACAGGUCAUAGACCGCCUUACGUCCUACCCAUGCUCCCUCGGUUUACGGUAUUCACCCUUGGACCAAAGCUUCACACCGAUCCCAGCAAAACUUGAAGCUACGAACCGGGGGACCGUCUCGUAUAUCGCGCCAACGUAUGUGCAUAUAACUGCUUCACCACGACACAUAACAAACAGAAAAAGAAGUUCUCAUUAUCAAGAUGUCCCAAAUGGGGCUGCUCAUCCAACUACUUAUCCCUACUGCACUUCUCCAACUGUGUUAUGGAAGCACAUUACCAGGAGCUGCGGUGCAGAAAACAACUCCUGGCAAGACCUCUUGCCAAUAUCCCCCAAACUCGCGCAAAUGCUGGUCGUACGGGUAUUCUAUCGACACAGACUACUACCAAGAGCAUCCUCAUACCGGUAUAGUCCGAGAGUAUUGGUGGGUGAUUCAGAACAGCACAAUCGCACCGGACGUAAGUCGGUAGACUACAUGGUUCAAACCAGCUUCGAUUCAUUCGCUAACGGGACGAUUCAGGGUUAUCAGCAAUGGGCUCUCACAGUCAACGGAUCUAUACCAGGCCCUGCUAUCGAAGUGGACUGGGGUGAUGAAGGUAUCGUACAGCAAAGUCUACCUGCACGCCUCUGUGCUAAUUUGCGGAUUAUUGAUCGUACACGUAACGAACAAGCUGGAAAAUAACGGCACGGCUCUUCAUUUCCAUGGUGUUCGAAUGUUUGAGAACAACCACAAUGAUGGUCUGGCACUUUGAAACUCCUAUAAGCAGCAAUAUGCUAACAGCCAGUCAGGUGUGCCAGGCGUCACCCAAUGCCCAAUAGUAAGAGCCCUGCCACCAGUUUAUUGCUUCCAGGAACAGACACUGAUGUAGAUUCAGGCACCAGGGGAAUCAUUUACCUAUCGAUUCACUGCGGAACAAUAUGGGUCAAGCUGGUACCAUUCACACUUUAGCCUACAAUUAUCACUUGGUCUCCAAGGACCUAUCGUGAUACACGGUCCUGCAACUGCCGAUUAUGAUGAAGACUUUGGAAUACUGCUCAUGACGGACUGGAGCCAUGCCUCGCUCUUUGCCGAGUGGUGGUAUCAGAGGGUUCCAAGUGGCCCGCCCUCGCUGGCCAAUGCUCUAAUCAACGGUCAGAACGUAUUUGAUUGCGAUACGGUAAGCGAUCCAAGAUGUUUAGGCAGUGGGACAAGGCCGGUAUGGCAUUUUGCAAGUGGUAAGAAGUACCGCUUCCGUGUUGUCAACACCGCGCUGUACUCGAAUAUCCGCUUCACGAUCGACGGUCACGCUCUGGCUGUGAUCGCCGCGGAUUUUGUCCCGAUUGUGCCAUAUAUCACAGACCACGUAAGUGACAUGUAAUCUCUUGGUGUACGCCAAGAUCCCGGACUGACUAUGUAUCGUAGGUAUUGGUCGCUGCUGGUAAGAAUUGAUCCCAUCGAGUAAUGAGAUCGCCGCGGAGAAUCUUGCUGAUGCGAGUGUGUUCUCCCUCAAGGCCAACGCUACGACGUGGUUGUGGAAGCGAACGCAGAAGCAGGCAACUACUGGCUACGGUGGGGAAUGAUCCAAGUACGCAGCACACCAAUGAUUUGCAACGACUGACUAUGGGCAAGCAUGCACUGGCAAGAAAAAUGCUGUCCCAACGAUGCAGCGAACAACACUCUUGGAAUCAUUCGCUACGACUCCAGCUCGAAAGAGCUGCCAAAAUCGGCCAACCAGGUCGCAAGACUUCCCGACUCUUGUGCAGAUGAACCCCCGAGCAAACUUGUUCCAUGGGUUGUUCUGGAAGUGGGCAGUCCGUCUAGCAUAACAAGCCUCAAUCUCGCCGACGACCCAAAGCUGCCCCAGCCAAAAGGCUUCAUGUGGACUCUGAAUCAGACCUAUCAGUGGGUGAAUUUCUCCGCUCCCACAAACCUUCUGUUGGCUGAGCAUGACUACGAAUUCCCCACGGAAGCACUCGUGUUUCCAAAAGCUCAAGUAUCUAUGGACGGACCACCAAGUGAAGAAUCGUGGGCAUACUUUGUGUUCAACGAUAUAUCGGAACGAAAUCGUUCCCAUCCUAUGCAUCUCCAUGGUAAUGGCUUUCGUCUGCACCAGCUUCUAGAGAGUGGCCUCACUCACAUCUCCCAGGGCACGAUUUCUUCCUUCUAG